AUGCGUAGCUUGCUCUCCCUCGACAACGACGUCCUGCACGAGAUCUGUGGUUUUCUUCCUCGGUCCGACGCGAUCAAAGUUGCUGUCACGGCCAAACGGCUGUAUCCGAUCGUCAUCCCCUACGUCCUCGCCUAUGCGUCCAUCGCGACCGACUAUGAGUACUUCAACGAGGCCAUUGACUUCGUUCUCGCCAAUGACCCGUGUCUGCACCGACCACGCUCCGACUUUGCACGCAACCUCGUGGUCAUUUCCGUUUCCCCCGACGACAUCGCAUCCCAGUAUCAUCACUACGCUCCGAAACUCACCUCCCUUCUCUCCGUUACGUGCCACUAUCUCCGCAAGCUCAUUCUGCACAACGUGGAAGAGUACGCAAUUCACUACCCGUCGCUCCUCGAAGCCCUCGGCUCUAUGACCCGCCUUUCCUCUCUCGAGUUGCACGACUCGGGGUUGACCGCGAUCAAAACCAUGCCACAACUCCUGAAGCCGCUCGCGUCAACUCUUCGCGGUCUUUGCAUCGCCUUUCACAGUACCUCCCUCAUCGACAUCCUAGAUUACAAGCUCCUACUUGCCGCGCUCUCCGCCUUCCCUCUCCUGGACGACAUUUGUCUCAAUUGCACAAUCUUCGCCGGCUUCCUCGAAUCCCCCGACACUGCCCUCCCUCGUUUCCCACCAAUGCCGAACGUUCGCAAACUCGAACUGAUUGCGUGCAUGCCAAACCUAGUACCUCACUGCCCAAACGUCAAGAUGCUCCUCCUCGACAAAUGCCUCAUCCAAGCCAUCACCACACGUUACAAGUGGCCCACCCUUGACAACCUCAUCAUCCAAGGGGCAAUCGGACUGGAAUGCGUAUCGGGGUCGGGUUUCCUUGAGGACAUUGAACGGCUUCACAUAGCAUCCCGACACGUGAUCGCGUCCUGCGACCUGGAAUCCAUUUUGCCCUUGAUGGAGCUGGAUCUUACCAAAGGAAUGCGUGGCCUCGACAUCAGCUUGGUCGUGAUGCAUUGGACUCCCGAAUCCUGGAAUUACGUGCUCGACGGUCAAAAGUAUCUGUGGACCAUCCUCGGACAAUGCACGCACCUCCGUGCCCUAAAUCUCGCCGUCGACGUGAACGACAGUAUUGAGCAUGGAGCCCUGGCAAAUCUAUUGGUCGAGAGGCUCGCACAACUGAAGCUCGUCUAUCUCAACGUCUCGCUGUAUCGCGUCCUCCUAGCCACCAAAGAUGUCCUCGAUGAGCGGGCUCGAAUCCGCAUCGUCCGCGACAUGCUACCGCGCGCGCUGGCCAAAGCGAUCCCUACUCUGCGCGUCCUCGUGGUUGGGAAGUGCAAGUCAGAAGAGGCCUAUCUCGAACCCACAUCUGCAGAGACAGCGUCGGACGAUCCCACAAGUCCAGACCGACUCGGCGAUGCGGCGGUGACUGCGCUGCACGAGCUCAGACGGCUCAACGCUGACAAAUCGGUGCGGGACCGCCGAUCCUGGUGGAUCGAGCGAGACGUGGAGGGGGCAGUCGAGAUGACAGAAAUUUGGGCGGAGACGGCGGAGAAGGCGAGGACGUUGAUAGAGAAGAAGGACUUCAGAAAACUCGACGGAACAAACACCCACACCGGCGCGCUCGACGUCGCCCUCCCCGGUUCGCGCUCCUCAAGCUUUUGGCAGCGGGCGGACGUUCGCGGCGUCGGCGUCGGCGUCGGACUCAUCCGGUCCCCGCCGCCUGGUCCCAGCUACUCGCACAAGCCACAGUGGGAUGAAGCUGAGGACUCCGAUGGGUCCGGAUCAACCAAACCCGUCGAAGUUCUCGUGUCACCUAGAGAGAAACCCGCCACGAAGACACAGCCGCCUGUCAAGGUGCGGUGGAUCGUACACGAGGACGACUAUUGGCAAGCAGAGGUCCCCGAGAAAUUGAAAAAGGCCCUCAAGAAGGCCAAGACAAUGAAUUUCUCGUUAUGCUACGGAAUCAGCGACGAGGACGACUCCGGCCACAUAUGGAGUUUAGAAUGCCUCGCUUGCAGCAAGCACCUGUUUCUCAACAUGUCGAAGAGCGAACCAAAUUUGAUACUGCGAAACUUCCACCGCCACCUCGCCAUGUUGCAUCCAACCCCAGCCCCGCACCAGAAGCGUGCCGCCGCCACACCCAGCCCGUCGCGCCGGCAAGGGGGCCUCAUGACCCCGCCCGCCUCAGCGAACGUUCGCCGCACACGGCCGUCGGUCGAGAGGUCGACCCCGCCCUCGCGUUCUGCAUCGCCCGUGGACCGCGCGCAGCGCGCCGGUGCGGUCGACGCCCUGUCGUGGUUCUGCGAGGAAAACUGGCUCAACGAGGCCGAGGAGGCGCAACUGCGGGAGGCCGGGAUCGUCGAAGAGAGCAAGAUGCAGGCGUUUGGGCGGGCGUCGCGGCGGGACGCGAGGACGCAGCUGCUUGCCGAUCUGAAGGAGGCGGGGAUGAGCCUAGCGGCGCGAUUGCUGGUGGAUGCCGGUCUUGUGGCUCGCGCCCGCGCGGCGGGUGCCUCUUGA